CUCCCUUUCCCCCUCCCCCGGCGACCAGGCGCCUAUAAGUGGCAGGAGGGCGGAGUGGGCAGCCGGGGCCCGAGCAGGAAGUGGACCCGGGGCGCUGCGGGCAAACCGGCGGCAGAGGGGGAAAGGGGGCCGGGAGGCGUCUGGCGGGGCCCCUCGCGGGCGGACUUCUGGUUGGUUCCGCAGUCCUGUUGCAUUGUUUGUUGAAUGCCGAUUGUAUUGACUCUGUGUAAUCUGCCUGGAGUCCAGGCUUAUCUAGGACUUCUGCUGCAUUGUGUGACCUGCUGAAAGGGAGAAGUCCUCUGAAGAUUAAGGAAUAACCCAGGUGCCUUGUUUCAGUCGUCAUAAUGAACCAGGGAAUCGGUGGCGAUAGCUUGGUGGAGCCCUCCAUCACCAGCAUCCUUUUGCACUCCUUUUUGGAAAAGUCCCCAAACUGUACUUUCUCACACGAGCUCAGUGUUCUGGGAGAGCAGCUGAAGUCUUCAAAGACAUGUGUCCGUUUUGAGGGGGGUUUCAGCGAGGAUCUGCAGACAGAUGGCAACCGGGCUGGGAGGUUUGGGGGCCCAGAUCUAGCUAUACAAGAUGAUGACGAAGUUUUCCGGCGUAUUGGAGCUCACCUGGCUGAAAUUGGGGAUCGGCUGGCUCUGGAGAUUGAGCCGUCAUUACUCAAUAGUCUUGUGCAGCAGUUUACGGCAGAGAACCCGUCUAGAGUGGAGAUAACCAGGCAUCUGUCCGGUGCAGUGCAGACACUGAUGAGGAGGAUGCCGGCGGAAAUGGAGCCAGACCGAUGCGCCUUAUUGAUAGUUAUGAUGUUGGCCCGAAAUGUAGCAAAUAGAGUUCCAUCUCUUCUUCAUCGAGUGUUUGCUGUAACUGUGAACUACAUCAACGCCACACUCUGGGAUUGUGUGAACAACUUAGCACCUGAGGACUAAAGGAUCCUGUGCCGUCUACCAGAAGGGAAAUUUUUUUUCUUUAAAUACUCAAAAGCAAUUUUUAACGAAAUUGUGUCAUAAAGGAUUUCCACCUCCCUGCAAUUUUUAGUAAGAGCAGCCAGCUGCUAUGUCCUGCUUGCCUUUGCUUUAUUUUCCACUAUUUUUAACAGCCUUGAAAUGCUUGCUGCUGCUCUACCUUCACCUCAGGUGGGAAAUGGCAAAUCCACUCUUGUACUGGGAGUCUGGACUAUUGAGUCUGUUGUUCCUUUGCUAACCAAGGUAGAAGUUCAUGACGGCUUUGAAAGAAAUGGGAGGUCUGUCAACCGAGUCAGGACCUCUAGCAUCGUUUGUAAAACUGGAAAGCCUAAUCAAUGUGGCUAAAACUCAACUGGAUAUACUUGAUUCUAUCACCAGCUUUAAUGUGCGCAGCAAUGUUAGUUUUAUCAGCCCGUGGUCAUACAUUCCUCGAACACUAAAGUGAAUGAGGUGCUAGCUGGAGGGGGCUCCAAUGCUGCCUUCAUCCUCCGACCAGUAGCCCCUGGAGGGGGCUGUGAUCACUAGCCCAGAUUCUAGUAGUGUGUCUCUGAAGACCUGAAUUUCUCAAACCUAUUAACCCACCUCACCCCCACCUUUGCUGUCAGCUUACAGAAAUGUGACCAUCAUUGUAGUGCAGUAAGUCUGUGGAGCUGCUUGUAGUCAUGCUAAUUUUUGUAUAAUUAAAAUCUGUUUACCAACUUUCAAA